AUGACAUCUGUUGACCCAUUCACAGAACCAUCUGUUACCUUUGCGUCUCAAACAGCCUUGGAUAUCAUUGUUCAAAUCAAAGGAACAGAAGCGAAACGCAAGAUGGCGGAACUCUUGGCAUCGUGUGAAGGAAGCCCUCUUACUGCUGCACUGUGUGGAUAUAUUUUUGAACCAACGGAGAUGUUUGACAGCCACAAGUUGGUGCAUGGAAAUGAGAAAUCCAAGCCUGAAGAAACGACUCUUACCAUUCCAUCUUCAGUGAAACUAGUUGUUGAUAGAGUUUUACUAGGUCAGACUCAAGAUCAGCUAUAUGUGCCAAAAACUAAAAACUAUGCAGCAAUUGAUGCUUGGAUUCCUGGAAUUGGUGCAUUUCAAAUGACUGUUGGCAAGAAACAUGAUAUCAAAGGCGGUGCCGAAGAAGAUUUAGAGAUGCUUGGAGAUGGUGCCGAGAAGUUGUAUUGGUUACUUCCUCCACUGUAUUACCACUCUUUUACCAAGAAAACACCUCAAGAUAUCGACCAAUACGCUGUAAAAAUUCUUUAUCCUACUGUAGAAAAUUAA